AUGACAAGGAUUCGAAAACGGGUUGCCACACGAUUGAAAGAUUCCCAAAACACAUAUGCUAUGUUGACAACCUUCAAUGAAGUUGAUAUGUCUAAUUUAAUGAAACUCCGUGCUGAUUAUAAAGAUGCUUUUCUUGAAAAGCAUGGAGUCAAAUUGGGGCUUAUGUCUGGAUUUAUCAAAGCUGCUGUCAAUGCACUUCAACAUCAACCGAUUAUAAAUGCAGUCAUUGAUGGGGAUGAUAUUAUAUACGGAGAUUAUAUUGAUAUCAGCAUAGCUGUUGGAACCCCAAAGGGACUUGUUGUGCCAGUUAUCCGGAAUGCUGAUACAAGGAACUUUGCGGAUAUAGAAAAACAGAUCAACACUUGUGCAAAGAAAGCCAAUCCUGGAACUUUAUCUAUUGAUGAGAUGGCUGGAGGUACUCUAACAAUAUCAAAUGGUGGUGUUUAUGGCAGCCUUUUAAGUACCCCUUUUGCAUCCAUACUCCCUCUCUAA